UGGCGAUCUAAAGAAAUAUUUAGAAAGCGAAAAUGAUAUCAUUAAGUUGUAAUUUUCUAGUUUCAUGUUUACUAGUUCGAAAAGUUUAUGUAAAACGUAAUGGAAAAUUGCGAACUAACACAAGACAACAAUAUUAUGAAGGAAGAGGGAGAACUGUCUGACGAAGAAGAAUUUGGUGACGAGAAGCGAAAUGGGAGUUAUUUUGCGCAUGCCAAACAUUUCCAAAACAGAAUUUCAACUGGAAGUCCGAGUAGAAAUAAAACUAGACAAAACAGUAACAAUAGAUUUUCGUAUUCUCACAGACAAUCGUAUAGAGAAGGAGCUAGUGAGAGAAUAGACGAUGGAUUUGGGUCUGCUGGUUUGUACAGGUCCUCGCGCUCACCUGCACCCCUACCCCUACACCACACAUCACCCCAGUCAGCUUGGGGGGCUCCACUACCACCUCCCUACAGAUUCCAUUAUGACUUACAAGAUUAUUCCAGGCCGCAGCCCAUUCCCAUGGAAUCGGAUUAUUCAGACUACAGACGACAUCAAGUGCGCACCCCAUCACAAUCAUGGGUCCAAAGAAAGUUCCGAACACCAACAGAUAGAUUUGGAAGAGAGAUCAGAAAAACAGAUCUCAGGAAGAAUAUUAGCAGAAAUGAUGAUGCUAGAAGGGAUUUGAAUGUAAAGGACAGCCAUAGAGACAUUAAUCCAGAUGAUGAGUCAAAUUUCGAAGAACUAUUAGAAAAGUACAAACGAAUUCAGAAAGAACUGGAAUAUCUAGAAGUGGAGGAAGAUGGUGACCCUGAAAACACACAUACCCAGACAGUAUGUGAGAGUAACCAUAGUAACAGUGAUGGUGAAUGUACAAACAAAAGUAAUGUUGAUAGUCCGAGGAGGAUUGACACUCCAGUGGCUGAUGUACUGGAAUCAAGUGUUAUACAAAGAUUAAAUCAGCAUGUCGUUGAGGAGGAGGAACUGGAUGAGUUAGAAUUGCGGAGAAUCGCCCUGGAAUCGGCUGCUGCUCGAGCUAACAAACAGAACAACAAGAAUGUCAUCUCAAGUGGUCAUAAUUUAAAACACACACCUUCACCCAGUAACCAAAAUACAUCACAAGUGAAAGUCACAAAUGAGCCUGUCUCAAAACCAUCAUCUGUGAAGACUCCAGAAAAGAAGACCACCCCUAGUCAAAGUAAGAGCAAUCAUUCGACAACAGCACCAUCAUCCAUCAAGAACCAGAGGAGAAGAAGUCGCAGGUCUCAACAAGGAAGAAAAUCUUUGUCACCGCACAAAAAGAGUUUAAAACAGAAGCAGGAGGAAAAGCAGAGGAGAGAAAUCCAGCGCAUCCUUACUCUAGAUGACCCACAGGAACAAGUGGACAGAUUUUUACGAUUCCUGAAACGCACUCCUCAUACGGGCCUGGCAUCAACACAGCGCAGACAGGCAACCGUCAGACUGUCCCAGUUACAGGACAACUAUGAAGAGGUGGAAAUGGACAUAGACGACAGUAAUGACGGGUCUCCAGUAUGUGAAGAAUUUCAGUUUGAUCCAGAUUUCCAAAAUGCUAUGCAACCAGUUCCCUUAAUGAUUCCAGAAACAAUUGCACCACCCAUACCUUCCCAACUUGUCCCGUCACAGCUGUCUUACGCACCAACAUGGUUUCCUGUUGCAGCUCCAGCUUCUAUACCAACAUCUUACUCACAGUUCAUGUAUCAACCACCCCCACCUCCCUUGCCGGUCUGCCCACUCCCAGAUAUGCCCCAGCCUCCACCCCCUGACAUGCCUCAGCCUCCACCCCCACUACCCGAAGAACCUCCUCCUGCUCCACCACUUCCUGAUGCACCCCCACCUUUGCCAAGUGAACCUCCCCCAGAUGACAAGGUGUACACUCCACCCCCACCACCUCCCCUGGUUGAGAGUGAAGGACCUCCACAGUCCCCAGAAGACGGAGAUUCUGAACUGGAUGGAGAUGAGGCUGCUCUAUUGAGAGCACAACUUCUGAAGUCUAUUGCUGAAAAGCGGAAACAUAUAGUGGAUUCGAAGUCUAAAGCUGGUAGCCGCCCACCCAGUUCGGAUGUGUCCCCAUCAGGUUCUCGUGCCCAGUCACCAUCUCCUGGUGUUAUUAUACAGAGGAAAGUCCCACAGAAGUCAAAACCUCAUUCAUUUACAGUGCUUCCCGUUCAUAAGCCAGUUGUGAUUCCACUUGACGAUUCCUCUGAAGACGAAGACGAUGAGAGUUCACCGAAACCAUCAGCGUCCAUGCUGCUGGGUGGGCUCGAUAGUUUCCUUAAAGCUGCCAGAAUGUCGGCUGAGCAACGGUCUGGGAGUUCCCUGACGUCGGACUCUAAUGUGGCUGUACAAGAUGACAAAGUCACACAACAGAGACAGAGACUGGAGCUGGUUCAUGAGCACGAGACCAACCUUACAAAACUCAGGUUGACAAUACAGAGAGACCAGGUGUUGUUAAAGUCAUUGGUGACAAGGGCCUCCAAAUAUCUAGACAGUCUGAAAGUGGCGGAGAGGAAGACGGAAAAACUUAGAGAACAGUUGGUUGCUGCCGAAAAAUUAAUUUCAGCCAAUCGACAGCAAGCGGACAAAAGCAAGUCUCAGGCCAGAGUAGUACAACAGAGACUGCUGGAAAGGAAACAGAAGUUUACUGAUCUCAAGGAGACGACUGUCAGUUUGGGGAAGGAUGUUUACGGACCAAACUACCAGCCCAGGAUGAUAUCCAUUCACAACAAGCCAGCAGAGAAAAGAAAACUGGAUUCCCUCACUGUUACUGUGUUCAACGACUUACUGAAAAAGAAAUCCAAAGUUGCAGUCUCUGCUAAGGAGAAUGCUCCCCCUGUGAAAACCCAGCAACAAAAGAAGUCAGCAGAAUUUAUUGCAAGAGAGAAGCUUCGAUUACAAAACCUCGAAAAGGAAUACGCAGAAAAGAUCCGUCUGUUGAAAGCCGGACAGUUGCCAAAACCAAAAUCAAAUGCACCAAAACAUGUUGUGAAAGACGCACUUCCAUCAAACCCUGUACAUAGUUCUCAGUCUGUGAUAACGAACCUCGAGAAAAUAAAACUGGGUACUGAUACUGCUGAUGUGACUGACGAUCCCUUGCUCAACAAGUCGAGAAGACGUUCUCUUAUUGAACUGAACACGAGUAACAAGCCAAACAUUCCCACACCCAAGAAAGACAACUCCAUCAGUGUUUCUAGGACAGAAAGUGUGACUGCUGAAUCGUCUGCCCCUGUGUUCAAAAUGCCUUCAAGUCAACAGUUAAUCAAACUGAGGAAAUUACAGAUUGAAAAAAGCCGGCGUGUUCUAAAGAGUCCACUGUUACACUGUCCUUGUCACUGUCACUUCAAGGACUUAAUCCCACAAGUUAAAGAGAUACCUGGCCUACUGUUCAAGAAAAGAUUUACUACUGAAAUAACCUCCGAUACCAGUGACUUGCCAACCCUGCUGUUUUCUAGUCCACUCCUCAAGUUUAAAGCAUAUCGUUUCAGUCCAUUUUUUCGAACAAAAGCCAACCUGACGAUUCCUUCCAUCACCUUCUCCAACAAAAUUGAUGCAAAAAAAAUCUUCUGCCGCUUUGACCUUCAAGGUCGGUGCAAUGAUGAAAAAUGUUCGGGACAGCACCAGCGAGAUUACAAGAUGUCUGGACAAGAGAUUUUAGAGGACCUUGUGUCUUACUGUCCUCAGCUUGUUGGCAUUACCUCAAACCAGUCUCCUGUAGAAUAUACUAAGUCAAUAGCAUCGUAUGUUGACAGUUUAGUUACCCAACACAAAGGAAAGAUUUCUAUGGAUCAGCUUUGUCUGAUAGCCACGUCCCGAGUGACCGAGAAGAGUGGUAAUAAUCGCCCGUUCACAAUGUUUUAUGAAGGAAGAAAGUUCAAACCAGCGUGGAAAGUCCCUCAGGAAAACCAUGUGCAGGAUGAAUCGGAUUUCAGCAGGAAGGCUUUCAAGAACUUUGACCUGAUAAAAGCCUCAGGACCUAGAGAUCUAGAAAGUGUAGUGGGGGAGGAAGAUAUCCGCUACUUUGGUGUUGACACUUCAGACGUACAGACGAUGGAAACUGGACUCCUCGAGAAUCCAUUGAAUGUAGACCUGUGGUUGAAACUUGCCAACAGAAAACUUUCUUCUGAAAACUCUCCAGAAUCGUGUCUGGACCAGUCUCUCAGCGUUCUGUCUCGUGGCUUGGAGGCCAACAAGACGAGCUGCGACCUCUGGCACCGCUACCUGGUUCUGUAUCGGAAACACCAAGAUGCCAGCGACAUCCUAGACCUGUGCCAAACAGCCCUGCAGUACGCUCCCAGCUACGACAUCUGGUGGCAGUAUUUAGAAGCGUCCGAAACGUUCAGUGCCAAAGAUGAGAUUUGUAAUAAAAUCAUAUCGUUUGUUGAGACUCAGACAGAGGAGUGUGCUAAGAAACGAUCUCACCAACUUCUUGAGAUCAUCCUCUACAAGGCCUCACUCAACUCACAGACAGGCCGAUACAAGAGAUCAGUCACAUAUCUCCAGUCGAUAGUGAACGUGAAGGCUAUGUCUGGUGGAGCAGGUCCCGCCAGCUUGCUGCAGAUGUUGGAGCCAUGUGAUAGAGCGGUGCUGUGGCUGUCCUACAUCCACCUGAUGGAGUUCCACACACUCCCGGGGCAGAUGUACGACCCAGCCAAUCAAAAUCCAGGAAAAAUAGUGUCAAAGAGAAUGUUUUUGCUACCUUGGGAUUCUAAAAGUGAACUCAGUACACCAGUAGACGUUCUUGUUAAAUAUUUGUGGAUGGCAAUUGACGUCUGCUGUGCGGAAUUAGGGUCAGAUAAUCCAGUCUUACCGGGAUGUAUUUCCUUACAUCAAAAUUUAAUUCAUCUACUCAAAUCUCAGUCACGGUUGGAAGAAGCUUGUAGUGCGUGUCGGAAAAUCCUCGAACAGUGUCCUGGUCUUGUAGACAUGUGGCUUACCGCUGCCAACCUGUACGCAUCGUGUGGUGAUGUCGAAGGUGCUAGACAUGUUUUCUCUGAGGCUACCAUGGCCAACCCACUGUCUGCUAAACUGCAGUUCUUUCAGUCCUUGUUCGAGAUGAAGCAGCAGGAUGGGGCUGACAGGGGUCUGGAGCUACUGGAGCAGUUUGUGAUCAAUCACUUCGAGGUGGAGGAACAAGACCUGAGGUCGUGUGACCCCAACAUCCUCUACAGUAUUCUUCUAGGCCAGUCUGUGCCACUGAUAACCAGAUCCCUGCAUUUUAAAGAAGGUAUUACCCAGCACAGCCUGCAGGAACAGAAAGUGUACCAUUGGUUGUCAUUCAGCUUAUUGCUUGAACUACAAGGUGAUAUUAGUGGAGCAGAGGAAACGUUUGAGACGGCUCUUUCAGCAACCACAUCCGCCAAAGAUUUGAAAACACUUUGGAUCAACUAUGCAGAUUUGUUGUACAGACAAAUACCCUCAGGGACAUCCGACAAGAAAAAGCUGGUGAGGAUGAUGACGAGUUGUGUGGUUUCCAUGCCGAUGAAGUUUGAAAUGCCGUACAGCUGUAACGAGUUUUGGCUGGACUACAACCUAGUAAACGAAAUAGUGGACAAGUGUGUGGAGUUCUUCCCACGCAGAGAGAAACUCAACGUCUUGGAGAGGUUCCUGGAGAUGAUGCCACACAACUUGGAGCUCCAACUCAGUUGUCUGCAGGAAGCGAUGAUAAACGGUGAAUUUCUGCGAGCGCGAAGUCUUUCUAACCUGGCUGUGUAUGAAGAGAUCCCCAAUGUAUUAUUAUGGAAAGUAGUCAUAAGCCUAGCACAAAAAGAAGGAACCAAUUCAGAGACGGAGAAGUUCUACUUGAAAGCCGUGCGAGCAUUGCCAUAUGCAAUUACCCUGUGGAAAGAUUUUCUGCUGUUUGAAGUUGCUCAAGGAAAUUCUGAUUCAGCACAGAAAAUAUUGACGAGAUGUACAAACAUUGGACUUAAUAUCCAGGGAUUUGUAACCACGAUAUGUUCCUGAUGAUCCGUUUUCACAUCUUCCAAUUGGAAAAAAAAAAUUCUUAUUCAUAAGUCCUGUAUUUAACGAUAAAAAUGUCCCUUUUAAUUUGCAAUAUGCACCAGGUAGGUAUUAAAAAAUAUAUGCAAAACUGUAGUUUGGCCAUUACAACUUAGGAUUUAAAACUACCAAAUGUUAAUAACUGAUAAUUCGCUUGCAACACACUUUUCAAUUUCAAUAUCUUUGUCUUAAUUGGUUAUUGGUUAUUUAUUAAGAUGAUGGCUAAGAAAUGGAAUACAUUGUAAUUGAUGCUGUUUGAUUCCAUUAAAACAUUGAAGAUUCCCCCCAAGACUCUUCUGAAGACAUUUUGCUGAUGCCAACUUUCUAACUCUGGUAUGCUGAAGAAAAUAUGCUGCUGAUGAUGAUAAGAUGACAACAAUAUGCUGAAGAUGAUGUACUGAAUAUUUUAAAACAAUUUUGCAGACAUGGUCAUAGUAUUUCAACCAUUUUAAAGAAAAAACCCUGCAGCUCUACUGCUGACUGACACCUUAGUGUUACAUAUUAGAGUUACACCUCAUUAUGCCAUUAAGCUCGGCGAACUCGGUUGUGAUGCCAGUCUUCAACAAUUGGUUCUGUGAUUCUGGGAAGUGAAACCAAACCUUUGUUCAGCGGUAACACAGUGAGUAUGUUAUGUCCUGAACAUGGUUUCAAAUUGGAAUUUUCUUUGUUUACAUGGUGUAGAAAACGUAUUUACUUACUUAUCUGAUUUAAAGUAUGACAUGUCUUGAAUAUGUUAUUUAAGAUUAAAUCAUCCAGUUCUAGUCGUCGACAUUUGAAUCGCACUGAAACGGUCAGCUAAGGAAAAACGAUUGACUGCAUAUCGAUACAUGUAAAUAAAAACUGAAAUAAUACCUAAGGAUUUUGGUAUCGUGUCUCAUCUGAUUUUGUUAUUCUAGGCAAAAACCAUGUUCAGGAGGACUUUGUUUGAUUUUAUUUUUGCAUGCAUAAUAUUUGUUUACCUAAUGUAAAAAUAGUUGUUAAAAUGCUAAAGUAAAUGUUAAUUGUCAUUGUUAUAUGUUCUGAGGUGUAUUUGUUGUUUGUUUCAUAAUGUACAAGUGUUAUAUAUAUACAUAUAUAUAUAUAUUUGUGUUAUGCAGUUGUGUAUUUCAGUGUCAAGACUGGGAAUCGUUGUCAUCACAACCAAUAUAUCGUCUUGCAUUUUAUCUAUGCACUAUUUGUCGAAAUUUAUCAUCCAUAUUAUUGUUGAAUUUUAUUCACUGGUUUAAUAUUUUAAGCCAACUUUCAGAAGUCUAGGUUUGGUUCGUUGAGAUGCCCUAGUAUACCUACAGUGAGAAUGCUCAGCUUCAGUGUGAAGAUGAAGUAAACGAUUUAGUUUAUCCAUGAUGAUGAUCAAACUGCAUCAUGUUGAUGGCAUUGCUUUGAAAACUUCUGUUCAUGGGAACUGGAAAUGUUUCCUCUAGACACUGAUGUGAAUGCGUGAAACUGAUAUUACAAGAAAACAUGUCAAACAUGUUGCAUUUUGGUAACAUUUUUGUUUGUGUUUACUGAUGUUACACUGUGUUUGUAUAGUGAAAUAUAUUUUUUUACUUUGUAAAUUUACUUACACAGAAGGGUAUCGGUCCUCAAAUGAUAUUUCAUUAGAAAUCCAUGUUACAAAAAGAUCAUUGUAUCUAAACAAAUUAUUAAAAUAUUUUGGUUAAAAUAAAUUCAUAUUUCUUUACAUUUAUUUUACAAUAGUGCUCUCUUUUUUUUGUUUUUUUCUUUUUUCAAUCUAAUUGUUAAAUUUAUUUAAAUUUUUCAUGAUAGAUAUUUUUUUAUAAAUUAUUAAUUUUGUAAAUAAACUAUAAACAAUAGGUUUUUGACAUUUUGUUAGCAUUGUUGUUUACAGUGGUAAAUAUAUUGACUUAAUAAUGUGAAUAAUAAUGACAUGAAUAACAAUGUUAAGAUGUCUAUGUUCAGUUAAUAAUUGAACAUGAUCAUUUUGGACAUAUUUUUAAGUGAACAACAGAACUACUUUACACACUUUAAUGAAUGAUACAGGUCAUUAGUUCUGUAACUAUUCAAACUAAAAUGUGUUAGCAUGUUUUUUUGUUUAUACUUCAUCAAGUUACAUGUAAGUUGUUAUAACUUCAAGUGCAUAAAUUUAUAAAUGUAUUAUCUAUAUCAAAUUCUAUCAAACAACAUUGGACUAUACUUUAAAAUUAUUUAUAUCUUGUUUACUGUAUGUUUAUACUUAAUUUUAGGGGAAUUCCCAGUUUUGAGGUUCGGCUGUUUUUGUUACUAAAAUAUGUCAAAACAAAUAAAAAUAAACUAACUGCCUUUUAUUUUAUUGUUUUUAAACUAGUACAUUUUUCUCCGUAUAAUAAUAAUAAUAAUAAAAUUAAAUUAAACAUAAUACAAUAUUUAGUGAAACACAAAAAUAUUUCUAUAAUUUACAUAAAUUAGUUUAUGCAUGUUCGGAAAAUAAAAAUAUAAAUAGGGUUCAAUUUUGUAUGAGUAAUUUACAGGUACAUUACAAUGUUUCAUUAGAAAUAUUUUGCUUUCCUUGUAUAUUUGUAUUAACCAUGGUCUUUAAAAUGUUAAUGAUAGUAGUCCAUACAGGUAAUUUAUUGACAAUGUUUGGUGAAAAUAGUAAUAUUCCAACUUCAUGGAAAUGUAUGUUGAUGGGAACACAUCUCAAUUUGUGUUUUAAAUUAUUGUUUCUUUUAGUUUCACUUAUCCGUUACACUUCCACAGUACUUUCUAUUGCCUGCUUAAUACAUGUAUGUGUUGCUUGCACAUGAAAACUGAGAAAUUUCAUAUUUUUCACUAGAUUUUCAUGACAAAAACAUUUGUUAUUGAACAUGGAAUAAAUUAUUUCCUAAUUUAAAUAGACAUAUCUCUUAUUGCAAGGGGAAAACUAUAAUUCAUAUUUCUCAUUAGAUUUUCAUGACAAAAACAUUUGUUAUUGAACAUGAAAUAAAUUGUUUCCUAAUUUAAAUAGACAUACCUGUAUCUCUUAUUGCAAGGGAAAAACUAUAAUAUACAAGGUUACAUUAAUCACAGGCAUUACAUUAUUGUCUCAUAUUGUAUAAUACACACACACAAACUAUAAUAUGUACACAUCAUAUACAAUGUUACAUUAAUCACAACAGUUGCAUUAUUGUCUCAUAUUGUACAUUUUUGUAUUAUUAAUGUCAUAAAUAAAUCACAUUUGUUUGAGGGGGAUUGGUGAAAUCAAAUAGACUCAUGAUUUUAUUUAGGUAUUGUAAACGAGUUGAAUCAAAAUUGUUAUUUUAUCUUUAUUAACAUAGUCUUCCUUGUCCAGAAAAUAAAUAAAUAUAUUUGAAACACUGCAAAUUAAAAAAUCACCCCACAGCAUCCGUUUUGUAAAGUAAUAAGAUGUUAUAUUUGUGAUAAUUUAUUUGGAUUAGAAAUGUAACAAUAGUAAUUCAUUUUUAAAAUUUUUAGAAAUUAAAACAAAUAUAUAUUAAAGACAUAUAAAAUUUACUAUUAAUAUUAUUUAUUGCAUUUCAAGUCUGAUUUAAUAUUGCAGUUAUUUUCUUUUUCCAAAUUUUAGUUUAAAAUAAAAUACAUGCAUUAAUUAUUGUAUGAUACCCGAGUCCUUGAAAUUAUGGUCACAUCCUCCUUCACAAUUGCCUUGUUUUGUUUUUCUUUCUGUUUUUUAAGGAUUAUUUUUACAUAGGUAUACUUUGUAUACUUUCAUUUCUAUAAUCAUGUCAAUUUAUCAAUAAAUUAUGUCUUAAAA